ACGGGAAGAGUGAGUAUACCCUUUCUAUUGAGAGGUGAAAGUCAAAACCCAAAAGCGAUCCCUUCUCCCUCUUAAACCCUAGCUGUCACCAGCCCUGAAACCACAAGCUGCUUACUCCGCUCCGGCGAACCAACACAGCAUCUGGCUCCAAAGCCCUCCGUAGAGAGUGAUCUCAGAAAGGGAUUGAUAAUUGAAGCAAUUCACAAGAUUGUGGAGCAAAAUCAGCAGACACAGCUAUCUAAUAGAAGACUAAAGAAGGAAAUUCCAAAUGAAUCAACCAGUCCAGAAGAAUACCCUCUAUGUUGGGGGGCUAGCAGAGGAGGUGAAUGAGUCGAUACUGCAUUCGGCAUUCAUACCUUUCGGGGACAUAAAGGAUGUGAAGCAUAGAUCCUUUGGGUUCGUGACCUUCCUGGAGAAGGAAGAUGCAGCUGCUCUCAUGGACAACAUGGAUGGUGCUGAGCUCUAUGGUCGAGUCCUCACUGUUAAUUAUGCCCUUCCUGAACGUAUCAAGGGUGGCGAACAGGGUUGGGCUGCUCGACCCAUUUGGGCUGAUGCUGACACAUGGUUCGAACGACAACAACAAGAAGAGGAAAUGCAGCGCAUUCAAGCUGAGAAUCGGGCUGCAAUGCAGGCAGCCGAGGAGUUACACAGAAAGAAAAUGGCACAGGAACGGGAAGGGGAGAAGGACGAAGAAGUAGAGGGCAAGGAUGAUCCCAUGGCAAGGGUGGAAGCAUACAAGAGAAAAAUGAACAACAGUGAGAUUUUGAGAGAAUAGGGAAUACGGAAGAAACUUACCCAAUAACUAUUUCCAAAUAAACUUCUCUUGUCCCCGGCAAACUUGAAAAUUUUCAUCCUUGUGCUUAUGGAAGAUAGGGAAUGUAAAAACGAGAAUAAGAAAAUUACCUCUUAAGGCACAAUGUUGUUGAACGGACAUAAAAAUAUUUUCACACGAAACUAAAUAAAUGAGUAAUAGACAACGAAACAACCAGAUCACAAGAAAACAAAGAAAUCAACAUAAUGAAAAAUAAUUUUGCUAGUACAGAUAUACAGCAAAAUUAUUUUUCAUUAUGUUGAUUUUUUUGUUUUCUUGUGAUCUUGUUGUUUCAUUGUCUAUUACUCAUUUAUUUGGUUUCGUGUGAAAAUACUUUCAUUUUCGUUCAACAACGUUGUACCUUAGGAGGUAAUUUUCUUAUUCUCGUUUUUACAUUCCCUAUCUUCCAUAAGCGCAAUGGUGGAAUUUUUCAGGUUUGCCAAGACAAGAGAAGUUUAUUUGGAAAUAGUUGUUGGAUAAGUUUCUUCCGUAUUCCCUUUUCUCUCAAAAUCUCACAAUUGUUCAUUUUUCUCUUAGAGGGCAAGGAUGACACAUGGUUCUUUAUCUUUUAUGAUAUUAAGUUUUAAUAUCACAUCUUUUUAUUUUUAUUUAUUUAUUAUUUUUUAAAGUCUUUCUAUCUUUACAAUUAAUAACUAUUUUUUUUAUUUCUUGUAGACUCUUAAGUUUCUACGUACUAACUUGUUUUCA